AUGAAUAACACACUCAUUGAAAGUAAUGAAAACAUAUCAAACCAACACGCUCAAGACUUACAGGACUAUGUCAAUGAUUACCAUUUCCAAGCUAAUCUUGAUACACAAGCCACCCAAGAUGAGGGUGCAGUACACCAAACUGAUACAUUAUACGUCGACAAAAUAUUUUCUCAGGCUUCAGAGCACGGCGAACGGGACUCUGAGUUCAGUUCAGACGAACGUGAUGCUCUACCCACAUGGGUCCCAAGCAGAGAAAUAGCACGUUUGCCCACAAAAAUUCACAAAGACAAUAUACUUACCAGAUCACAACGCUCAAAUAUCCUCAAGAAUGAACCAAGGAACACGAAUAUCAGUUAUAAUCCUCUAGCCAUGGACAAACGAAUCUGGAGACUACUACCUAGUCACGCAAAAGAAUUGGACAAAGUGCUCGCCAAAGUUGCAUACAGAACAUCAGCAGCCUUACGUCUAUUGGACAAUGUACUUAAAUCAGUUUACGUAUCUAAGCCCCCACACUCUGAUCAAGACAUGUUACAAGCCUGGUCACUCAUUGAAGGAUUACUUACAAACACAAGAGCGCUUUUACUCGACUUACUAUCAUUCAUUAAUCAAAAUAGAAGGGACCAAGCGAUCAAGGUUUUGUCCCCAUCAUAUAAUCCACCUGCUGAUAAUGAAGAGGUGUUCAGUCAAGACCUCAGUUCACUUAUUGAGAAGGAGAAUGCUACUAAUAAAUUUAUUUCAGAGGCUCUUAGGAACAAGAGUCAUGCCUCAAAUGGAAGAGGCAACACCAGUUACAACUAUAGGCCAACUUCUUCUCGCAAUAAUUAUAAAUUUAAUCAAUAUGGUCGUAAUAAGCGCAAUAACUAUUGGUUCUAUAAUCGCAACUCUAAUAACUGGGGAAACGGGCAGAGAGGCGGCUCUACAACAUUCCAGAGUCGCCUCACACAGGAAAAUCAACAAUAA